AUGAACAACCUUCGCACCACCACCCUCCCCCGCACAUUCCGCACGCUCCUCAAAACCACCCCCAUACAAUCCACCAUCACCCGCCAGCACCUCGCAGCAUUCUCAACCUUCCGACCCCUCCGCCAUGCCUCUAAAUCAGGAACCAGAGACCCCCCCUCACCACCAAACGCAGAAGCCGCAGCCCUCGUAAAAGCAAACGGACCAGCACCCACAUAUCUAGGCACCACCAAGCGCCUGUCCGAAUUCAACUUGGUGGAUAAAGUCGUGCUUGUCUCAGGAGCAGGCCGUGGGUUGGGAUUGGUGUGCGCUGAGGCGCUGUUGGAGGGCGGUGCUACUGUCUACGCACUCGACCGCCUCGAAACCCCCUCGCCCGAUUUCCAGCGCGUGCAAAAGCGCGCCAGCGACGAGCUCGGCACAUCCUUGCAUUACAGACGCAUCGAUGUGCGGGAUGUGCAGCAGAUGAAUAGCAUCGUGGGCGAGAUUGCCGAUGCACACGGGAGGAUGGAUGGGCUGAUUGCAGCGGCGGGAAUCCAGCAGGAGACGCCGGCGCUGGAGUACACGGCGGCGGACUGCGAUGAGAUGAUGAGCGUUAAUGUGACGGGGUGUUUUAUGACGUGCCAGGCGGUGGCGAGGCAGAUGGUUAGGUAUGAGAAUAAGGGGAGUAUUAUUAUGAUUGGGAGUAUGAGUGGGAGUAUUGCUAAUAGGGGACUCAUCUGUCCCGCCUACAACGCCUCCAAAGCAGCAGUCCUCCAACUCGGUCGCAACCUAGCUAGCGAAUGGGGCCAGUACGGAAUCCGAGUCAACACCAUUUCGCCUGGCUACAUCGUGACGGCCAUGGUGGAAGCGCUGUUUGAGAAAUUCCCGGAUCGGAGAGAGAAUUGGCCGAAACAGAAUAUGCUGGGGAGGUUAAGUGCGCCAGAGGAGUAUCGCGGAGCAGCGGUUUUCUUGAUCAGUGAUGCGUCGAGUUUCAUGACGGGUGCGGAUUUGAAAAUGGACGGUGGGCACUCGGCUUGGUGA